UGCCUCGUCUGUCACUCCCGUCCCAGGUCUGCUGCUCCAUGGAUGCAGCGCUACACUCCAGAUGACUGAGGGGCGAGUUAUUUAUCUUUCUGCUUUUUUCUAUCUAUGCAGUACUAAAAUGUAAUCGACUUCAAAGUUGAGUCAAAGCUCAAAAAUGGGUCAUUCAAGGUGGGUCAAUUUCCUAUCCUAUUCUCUGCACUCUUCAUGAUGAGGCUGUGGGGCAGAGCUACAGUCCGGAGGAGGAAGGUGCUCUGCCUCUGGCUGCUGCUGCUUGGCUUCGCCCUCCUUACUCUGGCACUCUCGGACCUCUUAAACCGGGACCGGGUCCCCAGUCCCCAGAAUCCUCGCCCUCCACGCAGACCUCUCCAGGGGAUCCCCAAUGCACCGGACCUGGAGGUCAUCGUGGACUCACGGGACCCUGCAUUAGAACUCGGUGUCGCUCGCCCGAUAAAGUCUCUGCAAGAGGACCAACUUUUAUUUGUGCCAUCUAUUCAGGGCACCAAGAACCCACCACAAAAGAAGGGAAGUUACAAGGUGAUUCUGCCUGGAGCAAAUAAGGACACCCGAACCCCUGAGCCUCCGACGCACAGUGAAAUGGGGAAAGUAGUGCAGCUGGAGGAGAGGGAAGUGGAGGCUUCUGUGGUGCAGAAGUAUGGCUUCAACGAGGUGGUCAGCGAGAAGAUUUCUCUCCAUCGCAGGCUGCCCGAGGCGCGCGUUCCUGAGUGUUUUGGGGAACAGUACAGCGAGUCUCUGCCGUCGGCCAGUGUUGUUAUCUGUUUCCAUGAUGAGGCUUGGUCCACGCUCCUGCGCACCGUGCACAGCGUGCUGGACACUACGCCCAAACAGUACCUGCAGGAGGUUCUGCUGGUGGACGACUUGAGCCAGCACGGUCACCUGAAGAGUGUGCUAAGUGAGUAUGUGUCUCAUCUGGACGGGGUGCGUUUGAUUCGCAGCACCAAGCGCCUGGGUGUUGGAGGGUGUCGUACUCUGGGUGCUGCCAGAGCUGCAGGGGAGGUGCUGGUGUUCAUGGACUCCCACUGUGAAUGCCAGAAGGGCUGGCUGGAACCAUUACUGGAGAGAGUGGCCCAGGACAGGACCAGAGUGGUGUCUCCCAUCAUGGAUGUGAUAGACUGGCAGACCUUCCAGUACAAUGCCACCCAGUGGCCAGUCAGGGGAGUGUUUGACUGGAGACUGGACUUCUACUGGGAAUCUAAGCCUGAGCUGCAAGAAAAGGACCCAGAUUCAUCGGUUCGACCUGUGCAGAGCCCCGUGUUAGGAGGCGGAGUUGUGGCCAUCGACCAACAUUUUUUCCAGAGUGUGGGAGCCUACGACCCUGGGAUGGUGCUGUGGGGAGUGGAACAAAUUGAGCUGUCAAUCAGGGUGUGGUCAUGCGGUGGCUCCUUGGAGGUGGUUCCCUGCUCCCGUGUUGCCCACCUAGACCACCACCAUCUGCCUUACACCUUUCCAGACGACGAGCUGAUCCAGAGGAACAAGAUCCGGAUCGCUGACACCUGGAUGGACGCAUACAGAAAGAUAUUCUACAGACGAGACACACUUGCUCAUUUCAUCAGACAGUCUGAGAGCCCUAACAUCACAGAGCGUCUGCGGCUUAAGAGGAGUCUGGGCUGUAGGAACUUCCACUGGUAUCUGACCACAGUUUACCCACAGCUUUACAUCCCCCAGGACAGACCUGCACUAUCAGGCGAGCUGUACAAUGUCGGCACCGGCAGCUGUGCAGACUACCCUCGAGGGCAGGGGCCGCAGGGCGGGGCCAUGAACAUAGCGCCGUGCAGUGGGACAGGCAGCCAGCACUGCGAACUGAACGCUGAGUUGGAAGUGCGAUGGGGUCCCAUGGGGGCUUUGUGUAUGGAUGCGGAGGAUGACAGGGCGGUCUUAUCUCCGUGCCCCGCACACCGACCAACCCCCAGCAGACUGCAGUGGAAGUUCAUAAAGCUGAGCGGUCAACUCGUUCAACAGCAGUCCCAAUUGUGUCUGGAAGUUUUGAAGGAAGGAGGGCUCCCACAAAGCAGCCCAAAAGAAGGGAAGACAGGAGGUCUCUUCCUGCGACCCUGCACCCAUCACCCCAGACAACAGUGGCACUUUGAGCAGCUAGUAGCUCCUAAAGGUGCCUGAUACAGAAAGUGCAGCGGGAUCUAUGAACUAACCAGAGUGGCAUACUGUAGUGAAAUGGUGUAUCAAAAUACGUUUGCACCUCUUUGCCACUCAGCUUUUUUGUUCCUGUUUUAAGGAUUGCAAAUAUAAUGUAUUGUGUUGAAAAAAAAAAUCAGAUUAUCUUCCAAUUAAAAAUAUUAUUGAGAUGUGAUUACAUUAAAACAAAAUCUUUUAGGGAUAAUAAUUGUUGUAUGUAUGUACAUUUGAUCAUAUACAGUGUGAAAUCAUUGAUAUAACAUGAUAUUUUAGCCAUUCAUAUUUAUUUGUCCACAUGCUAAUGGCGAUAUAGCUAGUUCUGCAGGACAUGUAGUAAUGUAAAGUCCCUGCAAACCCAAUUGAUUUCACACUUUAAAUGAAAACGUUUCUUAUACUUCCCCUCACAAAUGUUAUUUUUUUAACAAUGUGUAUCAAGUCUCUUACCAAAAUAAAUAAGUAUAUUCCUGUGAUAUCAGCUGCCUACAGCAGAGGGAGCCAUCUGCCUUCAAAAUCCUCUCUAAGACUGAUCAAUGUGAUUGUCAUAUUUGGGGUGUAACAGAAUACAUUACCGGAUUAUGUAAUCAGGAUAUGAAAAAAAAGGUAAAUGCAUACAUUACAGUUGAGAAAGAGACAUAAUCAGAGUACUUACAACUUUACAACAAGGCUUACGAUAAAUAAAGAACGAUAUAUUAGGAAACACAUGCAAACAUUUAAACACUUUAAAUAACUUACAACACCAAGUGAAGCAAGACUCCAACAUUGUAUUCAUUGCCAUUGCAUUUGAUAUAUUGAGGUUAACCAAAAGUAAUGGAAAGAAAUCAGAUAACAUAAGUUUUAUUUUUACGAUUAUGUUAACGAUUAAACAUUUUUACAGGUCAUUGUAACAAAAUACAUUUUCAAAGUAACCCUCCAAACCCUGGCUUAUUGAUAUACAGAAAUAACAUCCCCAUAUUGUUUACUAAUUGGAAAUACCAUGAAUAAGUUCUGUUAUGAACUUUCUGUGGAUGGAGCUGAUAUAAAUAUGCUGUACAGUUACCCCACCAUGUGACAGUAAUAUCCUGAUGUGCAUGUGACAGAGAGCAGUGUAUGCUGUCCUUGAUUAACAUCAAGAUAACGGGGUCAUGUGUUUCUUUGUCUGUGUAUCUACUGUUACUCAUAGCAUCGGUGUGUAGGCGUUAUUUAAGUUGCAGAGCCCAAGGUUAGGAGGACCCAGAGCUCACCCUCUGUAACUCUCUCCUUGUCCCCGAGCAUUGAGUGCUGAGAAGCGCCUAUAUUCUCCAUCAUGGUAAUGCUUUUUUUAACCCAUGGUGCACUUAGCCCAGUCAAGUACACUGCACCUUUUCAAUAAAACCAGUCAUAUGGCUUGUCUACAGCUCCGAGGCAUAGGUCAAACACUUCGACAAACAACAUGCUGUCGAUUAAUAUGUCUUCUCUCAGUUACAUAACUAAAUGCUACUUAGAUGUUGAGCAAGAAGGGUAAGAAUUAUCUGCUACAGGUCUUCAGAGGGCAGCAAGAGGUCAAAGACUCAUUUAGUGGCUAAUUGCAUUGUGAAUGCAAUCCACGUUUAGAAAGUAUACCAAAGUAAAAGGAAAAGACAGGGACAGGUAUGACUA